AUGGCGGUGACGUCGUUCCAGACGCCGAUGCCGCAACCAUCACCUUUCCAGCCCCAGCUGGUCAGCACCAUGGCCCCUGUCAACUUGGCCGGUGCACUUAACGCUGCAGGGCCGUCGCGUCCCCCGCAAGCUACGGAUCCGCAGAUCACUCCUGAUGGUCAUUGCGUCUCAAUUGAGAGCGAUGACGGCAAGUGGGACAUCCCGAGGGCCCACAAGAAGAAGCAAGGAAAAAACAUCCGGCCAGCGACCUCCCGAAACUCCGCCUUCGAAAGGCUGGGGGAUAGGGAGGAAGGCCAGAGGAAGUCAGCCAAGCAAAGGCUGGGGCAGAGCGUUGCCCAUGUCAGCGCAUUCGCCCGGCUAGGCGAGGUGCGGGAGGCCGAGCCUGCCCGCACCCGGCGCUCCCGGUCUAACCGGCAGGAGCCAGCGAGGAAGAGGGCCUCCCACCAGGAAGGGGAGGCAGAAAGCCAGCCCAGGUUACCGGUGGCGAACCGGUUAACCAUCCCGAACGACCGCGUCCAGCAGAUGGAGGCAAAGCUGGAAAGGCUGGAAAAGAAGGUCGGGGAGAAGAAUGACCGGGACAAACCCCUGGCAGGGUCCCCGUUCACCACAAGGGUCCAUCUGACACCUUUCCCGCGAAAGGUCAAGAUCGACGCCCCCAGAUUCACCGGGAAGGAAGAUCCGGAGAUUCACCGGGAAGGAAGAUCCGGAGAUCCACCUGGACUCCUUCAACCAGAGUGCGACCAUGAACGGUUGCACCGAUGAAGAAAAGUGCCUACUUUUCUUCCAGACCUUGCGGAGCCGAGCCACUGAAUUGUUCAAUAAGCUUCGCCCGGGAAGCAUUGACUCGUUC